GCGGCGGCACGCCAGUCCAGACAAACCGUCCUGCGCCUCGGGCAGUUCGUCUCCCCACCUUCCCACCACGCAACGCCAACGACAGAGACGCCGCACGGCAGGAGAGGAGAGGACAGCAAUGGCGCCGCAGCAGGAUCAGGAGCAACCCCCAAUGGACGCCGCCCGGCGCCGCAUCCGCGCGGUCUCCGCCCACCUCAGCCCGCCGGCGCCCGCCGCGGGCAGCGGCCUCGACGCCAACCCCACCGCCGGCGAGUACGCCCAUGUGCAGGGUUACAGUGUGGUUCUCCCUGAGAAGUUGCAAACUGGAAAGUGGAAUGUGUACAGAUCUGCACGGUCACCUCUUAGGUUGAUAAAUAGGUUUCCUGAAAAUCCAGAUAUCGGAACGCUGCAUGAUAAUUUUGUGUAUGCAGUUGAGAUGUUUAGGGAUUGUCGAUACCUGGGAACAAGAAUCCGCGAAGACGGAACUGUUGGAGAUUACAAAUGGAUGACAUAUGGGGAAGCAAGUACAAGCAGGACUGCAAUAGGUUCUGGUCUCAUUCACUGUGGAAUACUUGAAGGUGCACGCAUUGGUCUGUAUUUUAUAAACAGACCUGAAUGGAUCAUAGUUGAUCAUGCUUGUGCUGCAUACUCAUAUGUAUCUGUGCCACUUUAUGACACCCUUGGUCCAGAUGCAGUUCAAUUCAUUGUGAACCAUGCAACAAUAGAAGUUAUUUUCUGUGUGCCUCAAACACUAAGCACUCUGUUAAGCUUUAUAACCCACAUGCCAUGUGUUCGGCUUAUAGUGGUAGUUGGUGGAGAAGAUGUUAAGAUUCCACUCACACCUGCAAAUACUGGAGUGCAAACUAUAACUUACACCACUCUACACAAUCAGGGAAAGACGAGCCCUCAACCUUUCCGACCUCCAAAACCUGAUGGCGUUGCUACUAUUUGUUACACAAGUGGUACCACAGGUACUCCAAAGGGAGCUGUUCUUUCUCAUGAGAACUUAAUCGCAAAUGUAGCAGGGUCAAGCCUGGGAAUUAAAUUUUACCCCUCUGAUGUCUAUAUUUCUUAUUUACCCUUGGCUCACAUCUACGAGAGAGCUAACCAGGUUGCGUUGCUUCACUAUGGUGUUGCCAUUGGAUUUUACCAAGGGGAUAAUUUGAAGCUGAUGGAUGAUCUGGCUGCUUUGAGACCAACAAUAUUCUCAAGUGUUCCUCGGUUAUAUAACAGAAUUUAUGCAGCAAUUACAAAUGCUGUGAAGGAAUCUGGUGGGCUGAAAGAAAGACUGUUUCAUACUGCAUACAAUGCCAAGAGGCAAGCAAUUCUUAAUGGACGAAAUCCGUCGCCAAUGUGGGAUAGGUUGGUGUUUAACAAAAUAAAAGCUAGGCUUGGUGGACGAGUGAGACUCAUGUCUUCAGGUGCUUCUCCAUUGUCAUCAGAUGUCAUGGAAUUCUUAAGGAUAUGCUUUGGUGGUGAAAUUUUUGAAGGCUAUGGAAUGACAGAGACAUCUUGUGUCAUCUCUACAAUGGAUAUUGGCGAUAAGUUAAUUGGUCAUGUUGGAUCCCCAAACCCUGCUUGCGAGGUUAAACUUGUGGAUGUCCCAGAAAUGAAUUAUACUUCUGAGGAUCAACCAUAUCCUCGUGGAGAAAUCUGUGCUAGGGGACCCAUAAUUUUCCGUGGCUAUUAUAAAGAUGAAGUUCAAACAAGAGAGGUCAUUGAUGAAGAUGGUUGGUUACACACCGGAGACAUAGGUUUAUGGCUGCCUGGAGGGCGUUUAAAAAUUAUAGAUAGGAAAAAGAACAUUUUCAAAUUAGCUCAAGGAGAGUACAUAGCUCCAGAGAAGAUCGAGAAUGUCUAUGCCAAGUGCAAGUUCAUUGCUCAAUGCUUUGUAUAUGGUGAUAGUUUCAACUCUUCCCUAGUUGCCAUUGUAGCAGUUGAACCUGAGGUGUUGAAGGCUUGGGCUGCAUCAGAAGGAAUUCAGUACGAGGACUUACGACAGCUCUGUGCUGAUCCUAGAGCAAGAGCCACUGUCCUGGCUGACAUGGAUUCCAUUGGAAAGGAAGCUCAGCUAAGAGGUUUUGAAUUUGCAAAAGCUGUUACCCUUGUUGCUGAACCAUUCACAUUGGAAAAUGGUCUCCUCACCCCAACGUUCAAGGUCAAAAGACCGCAAGCUAAGGCAUACUUUGCAAAAGAAAUCUCAGAUAUGUACGCUCAAUUGCGAGAGGCAGAGUCAGCUAAGGCGAAGCUAUAGCCUAUAGUCACUAGUUUAAUUAUUCGGAAAUAGCCAUACGGGUGGAUUCUGCAGUUGUGGUUAUACAAGAUCGUGAAAUAAGUCAAAAUCCUUUUUUACUGACUCGGCAAAUAAUGAUUCCUGCCAUGGUCAGGAAUCAAGACGUCUCAUCGGACGGGAGGCAAUGCUUGGUGCAGGAUGAUAUAUAUGGUUCCUGUUGUAAAGACAUACUUGAUGCCCCUUGAA